AUGGCUAAUCCAGACCCAGUCCCAGUUAGAGUGCUCAGCGAUCUAACUAUGAUAUGGGAGGAUGUGGAAGCGGCCAUAGACGGCCAGGCACCGUGUCGUACAAUAUCCCAGAAGUUCUUGGAUAAGCUUGGUGAGAGCCCUCGACUCAACCAGGGCAUUGAAGGCCAACUCCACUGUGGUCACCAUGAAGAUUUCGUGGGGAAAGUGGAAUUACGAAUCGAAGGGAUAGACGACAUCACGCUUGACGACAGAGCGGUGUUCUGUGUCGUCAGGGACAGCAGCCGGGAGCUAGUCUUGAACCUGUCAGACUACCAGCAGCCGCACAACAGACCAGCAAUCUUGCCCUUUGGGUUUUCGGUGUCAAAAGACGAUGCCCGUAGAAGGGAGGCCGAAUAUCAACGACAGAGGAGGGAAGAACAGGAGAAGAGCAAAGCGAAAGACGCAGCAUACAAGAAGAGACUGGAUGAACAAGCAGCGAAGGAGGAACAAGACAAAGUGGCUUUUUCUAGCUGA